CCCGCAGGCAGCCAAAAGUGGCGCGCAUGCUGCAAGGCCCCCGCUGGCCGGAGAGGUUUCUGGGUUGGAGCGGACCAAGUCCUGACGGCUGGGGGACGGCGUGAGACCAAGGGGCACGCACGGCUCAGGUUUUCUGAGGGACCCUCGCGAUCAGCUGCGCCACUCUCAUCACCUACUCCUUGGGCACGGGAAAAUAACGGAGCCUCCCACGUGCAGGGAAAGCAGCGAUCCUGACCUCGGCCUCCUCCCCACCUCCUUGACUCCGUAGCUCCGCCCCUCUCUUCGCCCUAGUUGAUUGGCGGAGAGCGGGAGGCAGACCUGGCCACGCCCCUUUAUGAAGCGCGCCGCCGCAGUAGCGAGAACCUUGCCCGCCGGGGAAGGAGGCAGUCAGUAGCGCGAGCCUCUUGAGGCGUUCGAUAGCGGAGCGGACAGCUGGUUGGUGCUUGGACCACGCCGCUGCAGCAGGUCCCUCCACGUGCUUUCCGAGGCGCCAUGGAGCUGGAGGAGUUGGGGAUCCGCGAGGAGUGUGGUGUGUUUGGAUGCAUCGCUUCUGGAGACUGGCCCACGCAGCUAGAUGUGCCGCAUGUGAUCACUCUGGGACUCGUGGGGCUACAGCACCGAGGUCAGGAGAGCGCUGGUAUUGUGACCAGUGAUGGGAGUCCAGUGCCUAAAUUCAGGGUGCAUAAGGGAAUGGGUCUUGUAAACCAUGUUUUUACCGAAGACAAUUUGAAGAAAUUGUAUGACUCAAACCUUGGAAUCGGACAUACGAGGUACGCCACCACGGGAAAGUGUGAGCUGGAAAACUGCCAGCCAUUCGUUGUUGAGACGCUUCACGGGAAAAUAGCUGUGGCCCAUAACGGGGAACUGGUGAACGCCGCUCGGUUGCGGAAGAAGCUUCUGCGGCAGGGUAUUGGGCUUUCCACGUCCUCUGAUAGUGAAAUGAUUACCCAGUUACUCGCAUACACCCCUCCUCAAGAAAAAGAUGAUGCUCCAGACUGGGUAGCAAGAAUUAAGAACUUAAUGAGAGAAGCGCCGGCAGCAUACUCCCUGGUUAUAAUGCACAGGGAUUUCAUUUACGCCGUGCGAGAUCCAUAUGGAAAUCGUCCUCUCUGCAUCGGCCGUCUUAUGCCAGUCUCUGAUGUAAAUGACAAAGAGAAAAAAUCCUCAGAAACUGAAGGAUGGGUGGUGUCUUCAGAGUCUUGCAGCUUUUUAUCCAUCGGUGCGAGAUAUUGCCAUGAAGUCAAACCCGGAGAAAUUGUAGAAAUAUCCAGACAUGGUAUCAGAACUCUUGAUAUAAUUCCAAGGUCUAACGGAGACCCAGUGGCUUUUUGUAUCUUUGAAUAUGUUUAUUUUGCAAGACCAGAUAGUAUGUUUGAAGACCAAAUGGUUUAUACAGUAAGGUACCGGUGUGGUCAGCAGCUGGCAAUUGAAGCACCUGUGGAGGCGGACUUGGUUAGCACAGUUCCAGAGUCUGCUACGCCUGCAGCACUGGGAUAUGCAACAAAGUGUGGGCUGCCAUACGUGGAAGUGCUGUGUAAGAACCGGUACGUAGGAAGAACCUUCAUUCAACCAAACAUGAGGUUAAGACAACUCGGUGUUGCAAAGAAGUUUGGUGUGUUGUCUGACAACUUUAAAGGCAAAAGGAUCGUUCUCAUAGAUGAUUCGAUUGUGAGGGGCAAUACUAUCUCACCCAUCAUAAAACUCCUCAAAGAAUCCGGUGCAAAAGAGGUGCACAUUCGAGUUGCUUCACCGCCAAUAAAAUAUCCGUGCUUCAUGGGAAUAAACAUUCCUACAAAAGAAGAGCUCAUAGCCAAUAAACCAGAAUUUGAUUGUCUUGCAGAGUACCUCGGAGCAAACAGCGUUGUGUAUCUGUCAGUGGAAGGACUGGUUUCAUCUGUGCAACAAGAAAUAAAAUUUAAAAAGCAGAAAGUGAAAAAAUGUGAUAUUUCAAUUCAAGAAAAUGGAAAUGGUUUGGAAUAUUUUGAAAAGACAGGACACUGUACGGCUUGCCUCACUGGGCAGUACCCUGUGGACCUAGAAUGGUAGCUGCCUGGACAGAUGUGUUGCUUCCAGACUGUAGGGUCAUCAAGAAGUGGUUUACAUACUGUUGUUACUCAGUUGGUACCAAGUGGAUACCACAUGCUUAUAUAUGUAUACUUUAAGCUUUGAGAUUUUCUGAGGUUAUUAUUAAAUUGCUAUAUUGAACAUGAAGAUUACAUGUAAUGCAACAUCUGAGGAUUCAUUUUGUACAAGGACUGACUUUUCACGCAAGAGCAGGCAGGGGGUUAGUGGCCGUUCCCAGAACCAUGCUUGAGAGGUUUAAAAGAGGCUAGAUUGGGGGUGUUCUGUACAGGGGCUUUAUAAAGUUUCAUGAAGAAUUUGAGUUCAUUGUGCCCCAUAGGUAUCUAGUCUGUACGGUCAAGCCUGUAACUAUGGCCUUGAUCUUAAGAUUCUUCCACCCCAUACACGUGUGGCUCUGAGGACCAGUGUACAAUUCUUAAAAAAUGAAAACCUACAUGGGAAGCUGAGGCAGAAUCCUGAGUUCAAGGCGAACCUGGGCUUUCCUGUCUCAAGAUAAAAAGUCUUUUCUGUGCCUGGGACCCCCCAUCCAUCGUUCAUACACUUAAUACCUAGUAGGAAUGUGCGUGCCUGUUGUAGGAUGUUUCACCCUGUGUUUUACAGUGCAUGGCCAUCAGCCUCUCAGAAGCUGAUGAUAAUUACCUUUUGCUGAAUUAGUUUUCAGUUUCACUGUGAUGGGGGGAGAUGUACAGGUUUACAGUCCUUUCCCAUCUCUCUUUGGGAUGUAAUGAAUGACUAAAAAAUACAUCUGGAGCCUUUUGUUUUUUGUUUUUUUCCUACACAUGAGGAGAAAAUAUUUACUCUAGCAAAUAACUUAGUACAUUGGAAAGAGAAAGUUUUAAUUUCAAAUAAGACUUUAUCCUAGGUUGAUUAAACUUGACUGUUUGAAUUGAGUGCUUGAUCAUUCACAGAAAUGUAUACUUGUAUACAUAUUAUACGUAUGAUUUAAACAGAGCAAAUAGACACAUACUAGGGCUGAUUUUCUUAAAGGCCACUGUUUUGGGAAUUAGAUUGCCUGUACCCAAGUGUUAGCUCAUAAUCAUGUUUUUUCUACUUUAUUUUGUUAGGUAUUUUGUUAGGUGACAUUUUUAAUUUUUUUAUGAUGCAGAUUCAGUGGAUUGAGGUGAUUUACUAACUCCUGUUUGUGUAAGAUUGUUCACAUGGAAAAAUAACUAUUUCUAUAUUGUUGCCAAAAUUUGUUAUAUACUUUCCAAACCCACUUAGAAAUAUAAUAUUUAUUAAUAACUGAAAUUAUUAGUCUACAUUUGGUCUAUAGUAUCAUGCGUUGCAUAAUGGCAGGUCAAGAUAAAAUGUUAGUACUUUACGGUCAUGUGCUGCAGGGCCUGAGGUUAUUGUGUGGCAUAGACACAGGCAGAUUGGCAUUUCACAGACCCAGAGCCAUUUCAGUGGGUGCAGCCUCUUACGUUAAAUGCAUUUCCCGUGGCAGUGAGGAGGGGUAAGGCCUUUAGGUCAACUUUUAAAUGGCCUUUUUAAAAUUUGAUGUUUUACACAGAAACUCAGGGAAGGUUCUACAACCAAAAUCUCUAAUUUGACUUUUGUGUUUUCCAUAGUUUUUAUUUUGUUUUAUUGGAAUAUUUUAUAAAGCGAAAUAAUAACCAAGGUCGUUUGUACAACUUUCUUAAUUAUUUCUUCAUUAUAUGCUUUUAUUUUACAAGUUUCUGAAUAUGGAUUAAAUUAACAUUUUUUUUUUACCAGUUUCAAGCCUUGUUUUCUCUGCUUUAAAUGUAUAUAACUAGAGUACUAUAUGCUCAAAAGAUGAAAAAUGUGUUUGAACACAACGUCCCAAACUAAUAUAAACCUACUUUCUGUUUUGGCCUUUUUUUUCUUUCUUUUUUUUUUUUUUUGCUGCAAAUAUAUGUAAUAAAUGUG